AUGAAUGAUAAUACUUAUGGUUUAUUUUCUGCAACGGAUUCUUCUCUUAAAUUAAGCGAAAUAUACAUCGGACAGAAUCAAGCCAUGCAUGGAUCGUGCAUAUUUGGUUUUAAUUCAUCAAUAUUAUUGAUUGAUUCCAAAAUUGAAUGUUGCUAUUCCUCAGGAAAUGGUGGAGCGAUUUAUGUGUAUGAUGGAAAUAUUUCCUUGCUCAAUAUAAUAUUCUUUUCAAACUCUGCACAGCUCGGCGGCGACAUCUACUUGACUGGAAAAUUUAAUGCAACUUUGGAUCACAUAAAGUCUUCAAAAUCUAUGGCUUAUAUAAUUGGAAAGUGCAUCUAUGCGGAUGGAACAGGUAUAAUUACUGUAAAUAGGUCUCAAUUUAAUUACCAUAUUGAAGAAGAAGCAAUUUAUUGCGAAGAUGGGGUAAAUAUUACAUUUGAUAAUAAUAGAAAACCCCUUCUCCGACAAAAUGCAACAAGAAAUAUAAAUGUAAUUAAAUACCAACAAAAAGUGAAGGUAAAGAAAGAAACUCAUUAUAUAUUGUUUGUAAUGCUAUCCUUUGUAACAAUCGUUGUUGUUCUGGUUGCUGUUUAUGCAAAUAGGGCAAUGAAGAGAGGGAAGGUCGAACAAAUCCUACAUGAAUUGGGAAAAGCUAAUGAUACUAAGUUUAAAUGA